UUUGCACCUAGCUCUCCAAUAUAUAUACAUGCAUUGCACACCCUUUAUUGAUUACAUAAACAAUAAAAUUACAAGGAAAAUUUAAUCAAUGGGAAGACAGAACCGGAGUACAAAUGCGGCAUCUCAAGGUAAACAACACUUCAGCCAUCCCCAUAUUUUGAAACUUGUGAAUCCAGCUGAUCAAGCUAAAACACUCACUUGCAAUGCCUGUGAACAACCUGAUAACAAUAGUAAUAGGCCUUUCUAUGGCUGCAACAGUUGUCAAUAUUUCCUUCACGAAAACUGCUUCAAUGCUCCGCGUUUUCUCGUUCAUUCAUCUCAUCCUUCCCAUCCUUUAACCCUUCUCCAAAUUCCGACUUACUCAAGUCGUUCCUAUACAUGCAAGGCUUGUGGCUCUGCUGGAAAUGGAUUUUGCUUUAGUUGUGCUUGUUGUGAAUUUGAUAUUCACUUGCAAUGUGCGACUUGUCCUAGCUCGAUUCUUGUUGAUAAACACCCGCAUCAAUUGGGGCUGCACUUCGGUUCUCCUUACGAAGAUAAGAGUAUCGAAUAUGUUUGUGAUAUGUGCGCUGUAAUAAUGAACAGUGACGAUUGGUUGUACUAUUGUGCUGGUUGUGAUUUCGGGUCACACUUAAAGUGUGCAAUAAGUAGUCCUGAAGUCGGUGUUUUUCCAAAACAACAAUGUCCAAUUCCAAAUCCAAAUCCAACCCCAAGUCGAAAUCCAAAUGCAACAUUGGAGAUGAUAAAUGCAGCAAAUGAAGCUCAUGAACAGAUUCUUGCAGCUCAAAUUGGUGCUCAGAUUGCAGCACGAGGAAGAGAGGCUUGUCUGGACUUGGUCGGGCCACCACGAAGAUACAGUUACUAUUAACUGAAUCGUGAUUUACAAAAAAAUGUUAAAUUUCAGCUUGUGCUUUAUAUUGUGACGUUCGUGUUUAAUUGCAAAUAAAUGCUUUUGGUGUGUUAUUUUUCUUUCAGAUACUCUCUUCAAAGUCAAUUGUUAUUCACUAUCACAGAACAGUAAAAUUUACUGAGCAUCAUAUUAAAUUGUUUAUGAUAAUUCAAGUAAAAUAUUAUGUCAAUAAAUAUAGAUGGAUCCAUGAUUUUAACUUUAUAGGUUCGAGAUGUCACUGAAUCCACUAACCAUUUGAGUUACUGGGCUUGAAAUUUGUUGAGUUUUUCCCACAUCGGUUGUCGGUUAAUAUUUUGGUCUCCUUAAUUAUGUGGUCAUG